AUGUUUCUACAACAAGCAUCGAAAGCGCACAGCGCCAACCAAGCAGCUCAAAAGGAGAAACUAGCCCGCGAAAAGGCCACCUCUCGUCCAUGGGUCGAAAAGUAUCGUCCUAAAACCAUCGACGAUGUCGCAGCUCAAGAACACACGGUUGCCGUCCUCAAAAAGACCCUCAUGUCCAACAACCUCCCGCAUAUGCUCUUCUACGGACCACCAGGCACAGGCAAAACCUCCACCAUCUUGGCACUUGCAAGGCAACUCUUCGGACCAGAAUUGGUCAAGACGCGAGUGUUGGAACUCAAUGCAUCCGACGAAAGAGGUAUCACAGUCGUCAGGGAGAAGAUUAAGAACUUUGCAAAGCUAGCAGUGACCAACCCGAAGGAAGGAUUCCCCUGUCCACCUUUCAAGAUCAUUAUCUUGGACGAGGCGGAUAGUAUGACGCAAGAUGCGCAGAGUGCGUUGAGAAGGAUCAUGGAGCAGUAUAGUAGGAUUACGAGGUUCUGUCUGGUUUGCAACUAUGUCACUCGUAUUAUUGAGCCGCUGGCUUCUCGUUGCAGCAAGUUCCGUUUUCGAUCGCUCGACACUUGUUCGACCAAGACAAGAUUGGAGAUGAUUGCCGGGGCCGAAUCUGUUUCGUUUCAAGACUCUUCCGUUCUUGAUACUCUUAUUACGACGUCGGAUGGAGACCUUCGUCGAGCCAUUACAUACCUCCAAUCAGCCUCUCGACUUCAUAGCAUCGCUGGAGACGAUAAGACAUCCGUCACUUCCGAGUCCAUCGUCGAAAUCGCAGGUGUUGUCCCCACCAGAGUCAUCACCUCCCUUGCCGACGCUGUUGCUAUCGAACCCUACACCUCCGACGGAGACGAGGACAUGGACCCUGUCAGCAAGAAGAAGCGAGACGCAUUCGAAAGGAUCAGGGAACAAGUCAAGAUCAUUACAAGAGAAGGUUACUCGAUCACACAGCUGUUGGUGCAAUUGCACGACUAUAUCAUCUCUCAUCCGACAUUGCUGGCCAAGAUCAAAGCGAAAGUGGCGCUGUUGAUGGCAGAGAUGGACAAGUGUUUGACGGAUGGAGCGGAUGAAGAGUUGCAAUUGUUGAAUCUUUGUUUGAAGUUGCAAGAUGUAGUUGCGAGCGACGGCAAGGCGUAUGUCUAA